GCAGCGGCCCCUAGCGGCGGCGGUGGCGGUCCGGGCCGCCGCCCGCCAGCCCGGCAUGGAGGAGGACGAGGGGGCUGCGGGAGGCGCGGAGCAGCGGCGUCCCCGCCGCCGGCCCGGGGCCGAGCGCUCCCCCAGCCCCAGCCGCCUGGACGUGAGCUCCAGCCGCUUCGACCCGCUGCUGGCGCUCUACUCCGCCAGCACGCCGCUGCCCUUCCCCGCCGCGCCCUGCUUCAACAACCUCGCCGAGUACGAGAGCUUCCAGCGCGGCCUGCUCCGCCCGCGCGGCCGCCGCUCCGCUCCCUCCCGCCGCGGCCCGCCCGCCGCCCGCACCGCCCGCCGCGGCGGCCCGACCGCCGCCGACCCCGAGCGCAUCCAGCGCCUCCGCAGCCUCAUGGUGAACGCGGGCCCGGAGCGGGAGGCGGCCGAGGGCGGCGCGGCGGCCCGGCGACGGCGGGCGCCGCGCAACGUCCUCACCAGGAUGCCCCUCCAUGAAGGCAGCCCACUGGGGGAACUUCAUCGCUGUGUCCGAGAUGGUGUAAAAAUCAAUGUCCAUAUCCGCACUUUCAAAGGGCUUCGUGGAGUCUGCACAGGGUUUUUGGUUGCAUUUGACAAGUUCUGGAAUAUGGCCCUGACAGACGUGGAUGAGACUUACAGGAAACCAAUAAUGGGCAAAGCUUUCUACGCAGAACCUCAGCUCACACUAACCCGGCUGUUUGACAGACUCAAACUGCAGGAGUCCUCAGUAAAGAAGGGAGCUGACUCAAAGACUGUCUCAGAGGAGCUAGCCCUGACAAAUGACUCUCAGACGCUGGGACUGAAAGUUGGAUCAGGACGAGUGAGAGCAGAAGAUGAGCGCGAGAGGCAGAAACGCUUGGGCAGAGCUGGAGAAAAGAAGAUGCCAGGUGACAGUCUGCAUCUGGCUGCCAGAGGUGAAGCUGAUGUGGGUAGCGGGACUGCCCACACAGAGGGUGCCAAUGCUGGUGGUACCCGUGCAAGAAGCCAGUCACGGAGAAGGCGGCGGCCCAAAGUGGAUUAUCAACAGGUGUUCACACGUCACAUAAACCAGAUUUUUAUUCGAGGAGAGAAUGUCUUGCUUGUCCAUUUAGCACAUUGACUUGGCUGAGCCUUUGUCAGUGUAUUUAUUUGAUAGCAUGAAUUGCCGCUGCAGCUCUCAUUGCUAUUUAGUGUUCUCAUUAAGUGUGAUGCUACUGUGACUGGUUUCCCAUUGCCAUAACAAGGUAGGGGAAAUAAUUUUAACUGGAGCAUCCUGAGCUUGAUGCCAAAGCAGCCUCCUUGAUCUCUGUUGGGGGUCUCAGAACACGGUCAGCAACGCAGUUGUUUCUGUGAGAUGAGGGAGGUAAGCACAGAUCCCACUGCUCUUUAAAAAGAAGCUAAAUGGAGAGGGUUGGAAGAGAUUUUUGGUGUAUUCAGUUAUAGGAGCUAAUUGUGGCACACGUUUAAGGAGCUUAAGAUUAGAUCUCCACCUGAAAUGAAUCGCAAAUGCUAUUUUGCAUGUUCUGAGUAAUCUCAAGGGAAGAUUGCUAAUGAAACCAACAGUUUAUCUGCCGUUGUUACGUGGAUGUCUUCUUUUCCAGACAUAAUUCUGACAGUCAUUUUGAAGUAGUCUAUAAAAAGGUGGAGUGACAUGCUGCUGAUGGCUAUUGGCCUCUUCUUCAUAGUUAGCUCUGUAAUGCCCUGUGUGAUAGAAAACCUCUUAAUUGAAAAUGGCUCUUUUUCUGUGAAUGAUGGCAGGACUUUUAUUUUUUUUCAAUACCAAAGCUUAGGCUUCUAUUCGUAAUGCUGUGCUUUAGCCCUCUGUCACCAGCAAGCAGCUAAUGUAGCUGAUCCAGGGACCUCCAUAUUUGGAGUUUAUCUGUGAAUGUUGUGGAUGCAGAUGGAAAAUUGUACUUUUAUAUUUCACCCAUUCGCUACUUAUUGUAAUAGUGAGGUUUGCAAAGAUGUAGUUUUUCUUGUCAGAUAUAAAUGUUUGUGCUGAGCACAAUUGUACUGUAUCUAAGCGCCUUUCAAGUUCCCUCUAUUGAAACUAGAGGUGCUGUGUCUCCAGCAGUUCUCAUGGAGCAGAAAUCUUCAUGGGUCUUUCCUAUCCAUGUGAAUGAUGCAUCAUCUAAUUCCAGUUGAACUGAGCUUUGGAGGUGUGCCUAAAAGUGUUUUGAAGUAUAAAAGUCAAACUCGGCUCAUCAGUGGUUUUAUUUUAGCAAGGUUGUUAAGCUACUGUAGAUGAGGCCAGGCUUCUGUGGGUGUAAACUGCUUUCCAAGAGACCUACAUGUAGAAGUUUGAGGGUAAAUGAAACUGUUACAUUAUGUAGCCUGUUUCCUGAGUUGUCAAAAGGACACUAGAUUUCACACUGCUCUUCCUGUAUUCAUCUCAACUACCUUAUUCUUCGCAGCAGCUGCAUGUGUUUAAGAUGAAGUUGGGAAAUUGCUUUAUAGCAGGUCUUGUAUUGCAUAUAGAGGUCAUAAGUCCUCAAACUGAGUGGCUGUACUCUCAGUGACAUCUAUUUUUGUUGCUGCAAAUGCAGCAUACUGCUUGCUUGUCGUUAGGGGUAUGUCUGGUGUUUGGGUGAAUUACAGAAAUCAUUUAGCAGGAGUUCAUGGACACACAAAGCAGCUGUAUGCCUCUGGGGGAGCCUGAAACUUUUAUGUCAACAUUUCAGAUGACAUGGGGCUUGGAUGGCUGAUCAGCUGAGCCACUGAGCUGCAAACCCAAGUUUAGCCUGGGACAGAAGUGCCUCAGCAUAAAAAGUACUGUUGAGGCAAAACAGUUUCAUCAAGAGUGGAAAAAAAAGAAAAGAAAAAAGGAAAUAAUAUCUACAGUUUCUUAUUAUACAUAGCUUUAUUACUGUAAUCCCUUCCUACUAUGAACUGAGACUAGGCACUGAAAAGAUUCUUCUCUUGGAGGUUCUUGUUUCCUCUCCUUUUAGGCUGUUCUUGUUUGUGUGCAUGUAGUCUGCAGCUCUUCCCUCUCCCUCCUCCCCGCCUUCUGUUAGUACUUUGUCUCCUCAGGACAUUCUAAACUCUGGUUUAGGAAGAUUGUUCUUGUAUUCACCCCUAGUUGUCUUGGCUUUCUGAACUUUUCUGGUUGGCUUUCUAUGUGGUUGCUAACUAAUCAGAACCCUUGCAAAUUAUGAGAAACAUGUGAAGCUAGAAACAAGGGGCUUAUUUCUGCUCCUGACUUCUCAGCAGCUUUUAUUGCAAGUGAAUAUUUUUCUUCGUUAUGUUUUUGGUUGUGGGUUGUUUUUUUCCCCCUCUGCCUUCUGACUGUUUUGUUUUUAUUUCAGUUGCUUGGGAUGACUUAUCGCUGCCUUUUCCAUUCAUGCAAAAGACCUCUCCUCUUUCCUUCAUACUUGACCAAAGGGUGUCAAAUCUCUGCUCAGGCCUAUGUACUAUGACAUCUAAUUGAAUUCUUGCUUUUCUUUACCUCAUAUUUUUAAUUAUCUUUGUCUGCCUAGUUUAUACUGCCUUGUGUAUUAAAUAAGAUACAACUACCAUGAAUGUUCUUGUGGCUGUACUGCCCUCUUUCCUUGUCAGUUGACAUUUCACCAAGUUCUCAGUUGCUACUAGAAGUCUCUGUUUCCUUUCAUCAGAAUUUUUUCUCUGAAACCUUGCAGGUGUUUGUUGCUUCACAUCUACAAGUCUCUUUUUUUACGUUUUAUGAAAAAUGCUGGUGCUUAGACUUGCUUUUGUGCCUUGAUUUUUAUAUCGUCACUGACCUGUUCUUCCAAAAUCAUCGCCUCAGUCAACAAACCUGGUUAAGAACUACACAGUUUGUCUACUUUUUUUGCUCUACCUCAUUAUUAAACCGUUCCUCCUCUAUUCUCAUUGUUUUCUCAUCUGUGCAGUUGGUUAAAAUUCUCUCUUCCAGUUUGGAUUUAAUGGCUUAUUUGUGAUUCUUCAUUUGUUUCCUACUUCCCCAUCCACCACUCUCAUUAUUUCCAAGCUGCUUCCUAAAUACAGCCUCUUGUACAACUUCAGAUCUUCCAAAAUGUCUUCCUUUUCCCUACUUUUUCUGAUAUUGUAUCUUUUUAAAGCCCAUUAUCAAAAUGCUAUUUUAUGAAUUUUGUCUCUUUCAGGCAUAGCAUUUGUGAUUUUUGUCUUUCAAGCAUCAUGAUUGUGACUAAGCAAGUGAUCCAGUAUGCGUGUUGUCACUUGCAUGUUUAAUACUUAAGAUAAAGUUACUCUUUCAAUAAAAUUGAAUGUGAUGUUCUGAAAUGAAGUCUUCUACCUCACUUAAGUAUUCAUGUAAAUCUGUUUAAAAAAAAGAAAAAAAAAAGAAAACAACCCUUGGAAACAAAGGAGCUUUGGAUUUUUUUAUUGUUUCUGGUAAUUUCUUUCCAUGUUUUUCCUCGUCCAAACUCAGCAUAAAAUCCAUGUUCUUUGUUCAAAAAGCUGUCUGCUCCUAACCAUUCUCUAUUGCUGCAGUGUCACAAAGAUGGUGUGAGCAUAGACACCUGAAGUCAUUAUGCUAAAGAAUGAAGAGUAGGAGCAGGAGGCAGUCUUAAGAAACAGAGCUGUGUGAGAAUGGAAAAGCUUUGGGCCAAAUAUAAAGAACUCCCUGGAAAGGAUCCAUGUACUAGUUGCAACCUGUCCAGUAUUUCUAGGACAUUGUUCACCCUGGUGCUCAGCAGUGAUUCCUAAAGCGUGUUUAUGGUGAGGUACCGAACUACUGCAAGGAGCAGUUUUCUGAACUACCUUUGAAGAUGUGUUGUGAUAAUUUGAGAAUUUUUUAGAAUAAUUUCUAAAAUAGCAGACAAAUACGAAACUUGUGAAAUGUUAGUGAUGCCAGCUGCAGAAACAAUGUAAUGCAAUAGUCUUGGAAUGUGAUGUCACAGAUAUAUCUCACAGUGUCAUUGUGUAUGUUUUCAUUGCCAACACAGUUCAGUAGGGAGCCAAGUCUCACGGUUACUUUAAAAGUGAUGAUUUUAUUUGUAUGGUGAUAUAAUUCUAGGUACCUUUGCAUGUAGUCCGAAUGGGGUUUUCAUGGAACCACAGCAUAAAACCUUGCUGUGCUGUGGGAAUGCAGGGAAACUGGUAGGGAGAAUCAGGCUGAAAGCUGCAGUUAUUUGUAUUAUAUGGUAUGAUAUGUAUCAUAUGAUACAAUAUGGUAUCAUAUGUAUGGGUAGCCUAGAGUUAUGGGUAUCAUGGCUGGGAUUAUUUCUUUGGAAACUCUUUUGCACAGGUGCUUCAUUUUUAUCAAACACUUAAACAGGGCUGUGGUAGUAGAAUAGAUAAGGCCAAAGGAAAAAAAAGGAGCUUAUAAAAAGUGUGGUUUUACUUCCUUCUCUCAACUGACUUGUCCAGCUUGUUAAUUGCCUGGAAUUUUUUUUUUCUGAUCUAGAGACAGAUACUUAGCAUGUCCUCACCAGGGGGUUACUGAAGUAGUGGGCGUACUGUUUUCCAUCUGCUGCUUGUCCUUCAGUUUCUGGAUUCAUUGUUGCUGAUGCAGCUUUCCCUUCUGUAUCAUUUGGAAGCAGGGCAAGGUCUCUCAGUGGGAGUAGGCUUGACUGCCCACUAUUUUUUUCCCCCUCCCUAAGGAAUGUUACCCUGUGUAGUUUUGCAUCCAGAUAGCCUUUGGCUAUUCUUGAUUUUCAUACUACUCUCUGCAGACUUUUGGAAUUAUUUGGUCACAAGAAUUAUGUAUCUUGGAUCAGUUGGAGUAAACUGAUUUUUUAAAAAAAAUAUUUUUUUUUAUUUUUUUACUUAUUUUUCUUCCCACAGUCUUAGGUUUUCCUAGUUUGCUGUUGCAGUCACCCACUUGCACCUAUGAAUCACCAUGGGUGAAGAAGUGUCCAGGAAAAAAGAAGCAGAGAAAAAAGAUGUCUAAUUUUUGUUGAAUUUGACAUUCUGCCCACCAUGCUGCCCACGCUUACCCUUUCUAUUGCUUACUGGCACUGACCUAAAUGAGACAAGUGGAAACAAUGAUUUCAUCUAGAAUCUUGAAAGAAAAUGGAAAGGCAGCAGGGACAGCAAACUGAAAAUACUCUAAGUUUCUGAAGAUGUAUAUCUCCUGGUAAACUUCCUGUCUUUGAUUAAACAGAUCAGAAUUCUAACCACUAUCUUAAACUGCAAGCUCUGCAACUGGAUAAAAUUGGAAGGCACAGUAUUACACCCUUUCAGAGGCAAUGCAGCAGCAGUAGCAAUGAUGCAGUGAUUCUGUCAGCCAGGCAAGCUCUUUCCUGAGAAGCUGUUGAGUUAUAUGUUAGUCUCUGCCUCAAAGCAUAACGGCAAAAUACUGCGAAUUAAUAUGAAGAUGUUUUCUCUCCUGCCUGCAUUGCAAAGUGUAAAACAUAAAUUCUAAAGUGUGCAUCUUCUGCAACCCAGAAUUAUUCCAGUUCAUGCUUUCACUUCUUGACAUUGGCUUAAACAUUUGAAGUUUGUACUAUAGCAAUCCUAAGACAGUCUUUGCUAUAACAUUAUGAAAGGCUAACACUUACUAGAAAUGAUACUGAAAAACUAAGGUAUUACAGAAUUUGUGGAAUUCUUAUUGUAAUUAAGGUAUUGCAAACCAAAAAUAUCUAUUCCUAAGGAUAUUAUCAAGAUGCACAAAUGGAAAUGUGUGAAGCCACAACCGGAAGAAGAGAUGAUAAAGAAAUACUUCCCUUCUUCUAGUGAAGGAAGAUGAUCUUCCUAGAGCAAGACAGUAAUUUCAAAGCUCAUUCUCCCAGUUUGCAGGCUUGAUGGUAGGUGGGCCUAAACAGGCCAAAACUUAAAGUGAAUUAAGCAUGCACAAAAAACAGAGCUGAAAGAGGCAUGGCUCAGUUUGCAGACUUGAGUAUCAACACCCUAACUUUACAGAGUUUCUAGAGAAGCAACUCCAUUUUACAGUCCUAAAGUCUACAGCAUUAGCUCCAUGCAGAGUUUUCUUGGCGUUAUUACCAUUGCCUAUAAGAAGAUGACAAAUACAAAGGUUGUGAUGUGCAGUUCUGUAUUAUCUUUUUCAAGACACUGCAGUGUACACAGUGGUGAGAUCUGACUAGGUGGACGGAGGAAGACAGGGGCAGCCAGCUGCAGUAGAAACUGAAGGGGAGAGACCUAAAAUCUUCGCAAUACCCUUCUGGCUAAUGAGCUAGAAGUCUAGCAAAGGAGGAUAGACUCCAAGCUGAGCUUCAUUUUUAAAUUUACCAAAAAUAUUAAUACCCUGUUAGGAUAUACUUGGACCAAAAGAUAAGAAUGCACUCAAGUUUUCAUUUAGAAACUUUAACUUGGUCAGACUUUUUUCCAGCAGUGCCUGUGUCUCACAUUCAGAUAAACAUUAUUACAAAUAUUUUUUUAAAAGUACUGUGCUGUUCAUGUAGCCAGUAAUGUUCAUUUCGUAUCUAAAAGGUGCUUUUAACAGUGACUGUCAUUAGAAGGAAACACCCAUUUUCAGGAGGUAACAUGUCUUUUCUUCUAUUCUGACUUACAACUUAAGAUGAAAUUGGCAACAGCUGGAUAUAAGUAAAGCAGUUAAAAUUUGCUUGGAAAGAAAAACCAAUUUUUUAAAAAUCACAGCUUUUUCUGUCAGGUGUUGCCAAUGUAUAAGCAGGAAAAAGCAUCAAUUGUUACAUGGUAGAAAUGUUGUGGAGAAAAACCUUGCUAUUUAAGAGCAUCCUUUGCUGCUGUCUUUUUUACCUAUUAGCAGUCUGGGCAGCAAAAAAAAAAAAUGAGGCCACUUGGGAAGAGAUAGACAAGGCAGUGUGAUGGUCCUCCCUCCAGGUGGGCACUGCAGGAUCAGUGCACUUGAUGAAGACUUUUCUUGAUGGGAAAAAAUGUGCGUAAUCUACUGUAAGUAUAACGUGUACCUCUCUGUACAUUUUCCUAACUAUAGGCUUUCAUGGCAUGCUGAAAGUGGGAAAGCGGGCAAAGAAAAAGGAGGAGAGAGGAAUUACUUUACUUGGUGAUAACUCCUUGAAAUGGGAGGUUGCUUUUUUUAGCCUGUACAGUUUGGCAUAGUUUGGCCAGCAUUGGGCAGUUGUGCUCUAUAGGUGAAGGGGGCGUAUGCAGAGACAGUUCUCAAGUGCAGCCUCUGUUACGUUGUGAGCGUUUCACCGUGCAUGAACUGUGCCCCAGAAUUCUCUGCCAGACUCCAUCUCUAAUAACUGACACGUUUGAUCUUGCCUCUAAAAUUUUGCAGAGGAAACCCAGUGGGAGAAAAAACAAGUAAGCAAAUUUCCCCUUUUGAGGCAGGGAUGGUAGGAGGCUUGGUUGUCCUUGUUAGCUUCCUUGGGGGUGCAGGAGAAAGGACUACUUUAGUGGAGGAAUAUCAGAGAUGGCUUGUCUCAUGAUGUUUACAAGUCCUUUUAGGUGUCACUGUAAGUGCUCUUUCUCUUAGCUGGUAGAAGUGAAGGCCUUUCAGGGAAGGAAAAUGCCUUCUGAUGUUCCUGGAUAACUAUUUUAUUAGCUGCUAGCUUCAUAGUGUACACUUGGAUGACUUAGCUGAAGAAAAUUAGUACACCUGAGACUUUCAGUCAGUCUUGUAUUCAUUUAGAAUGAAAAGUAGUUUGAUCAGUUUGUGUAAAAACAUAUCCAUCCUUUUUUCCUCUCAAAAGAUCAGUGCUCUCCCUCAGGAAAGAAAUGAAAGCUGCUCCCGCUCCUAUAGUGAUUGCUUCUGAUUUCCACUGCUUCAGAGCAAAGUGCAGCUGUGUCAUUGUAUCUUCAGCGUGACAGAUCAUUCCGAGAUGAGAAAAUGAGAGAAGUGUUCGGUUUCUUUAAAACUAAAAUGGGCAUUAUGAGGGGAGCAGUUGUGUUGACCUCUUUUCAAAUGGUACUUGCAUCCACUGUAGUUGCAUGGAUUGGGGCUUGUUAACCAAUUAGUCAUCUAUAAAACUUCCUUAACGAACCACAGAGGAGCAGCAUGACCUACCAGACUGACAUGGGAUUAGAAGUCAGGUGCUGACAAAUUCUGAUCUCUCUACUGCCACUCACUCACUGAAUGGCCUUGGCAAGUCACUUUCCUCCCUCUCCCUUAUGCUCCACAGCUGUAAUACAUCUGAGAGCAAUCCUUGCCUGUCUCGCAAGGAUUUGGGGAAGUGGUGAGUGCUAUACAAGUGCCAAGUAUUGUUAUUAAAACUAUAAUAUGUCAGGUAACGCAGAUACAUAGAUCAUCUGCCCUCUUCAGGCACUUGACUGUUAGCCUUAUGUCUCGGCACACUAAAAAUGUGCAGGAUAUCAGGUACAACGACGCACUUCAGUCUUGAAAUUGCUUAUGUCUUCAAGGUCAGAUUUGGUGACUUCAAUAUCUGUUUCACAGCUGCAAUACCAUGUUUUGGUCGAAUGGUGAUAAAAGAGAGUGUAACUUGUUUGUAAUUCCUUCUCUGUCUUCCUAAAUAUUUUGUUUCUUAGGAAGCUGAUGCUGCUAUGAACAUAUUAAAUAAUACUGAAUUUGCAAUAUUCUGCUUUCCAGAUAUAAAUGUUUAUAUUUAAAAUUGCUAAGACUGCAAUGCAAUAAAUAUAUCCAUGUAACAA